CCUAAUCGUCUCCGGCUCCAGCGGUGGUCUGUGAGCUCCUUCCUUCAACCUACGGUGGUCUCUGAGUUCCUUCCUUCAAAAUCUCCGGUGACCCUCCAGCAGGAGUCGGGACUAGCCUCCGGUAGUCAACCCGGAUAAAGGAGUUGAAAUUUGAGAACAAGAAGGGAGCAGAAAUAAAGAAAAUGGCAAAAUCUUGCAAGGGCCUAGCAAUGGAGUUGGUGAAGUGCCUUGGUGAAUCUGACUGUGUUAAGGUCGAAAACCGGUCGUUUAGAGAAUGUGCUGGAGAAAAGAGUCCUUCAAUACCUAGUGAAUGUGUUGGUUUGAGGGAGACAUACUUCAAUUGCAAACGUGGUCAGGUUGACAUGAGAGCGCGAAUUCGAGGAAAUAAGGGCUACUAAGUUGUUAGUUGUGUUUCUUUUCCCAGAUUGUGAAUUGAAUUUUUGUUGAAGUUUUACUCUGCUCCUUUUUAGAGUUAUAUUCCCUAAAAGACAUGAUUAUGGAUUAUAAUAUGCAAGAUUUAGUUACCAUUCUGGAGUAUGGAUUGAAUGGAAAUUAUACAACGGUUACUUAUGCUGUUGAGUUUUUUUUAUUAUAACACUGAAUUCAGAAGCCAGGCAAUGCUGUUUCUGAGCUUGGUGCAUGAACAUUUUAGAUCCCCUUGCAAGGAUAACAUCCGAUUGUAACAUAUGAUGUCUUAUAGAAUUUGCUGUUGUUACUCUUCAAAUCAUAUGUUAAGAAUUAGAUCUUUUAUGUUCA